AUCCAGCUCGAUCGUCACCGCUUGAGCGGGCUCCACGUUCGAGAGUGCAUGGCGAACUAUUGCAAUUUGCAAUGCCGUAGAUCUUUCUGUUUGCGGCAUAACGAUACUCGUUCGAAGGCGUAAUACAUGAAAACGAAAUAAAAUCGCGAAGGUGUUCGCGCCGCGAUACUAGGCCAUCGAGCAUUCGCGUCGAUGUCGCUCUCGAGGGUCGAUCGGAGUUCCGUCGCGAAGUGUUUAUCGAUAAAAUGUUGACGGUUUCGAUAAUCGAAGUGACCGGAAUUUUGACCGUUAGGACCGGAGUCGGGCUGUAACUUUCGAGUGUUGAUCUAGUUUGAAUUCGCCUCGAAUGUAGUUAUAAGAAAUUUCAUUCCUGGGCCGUUACAAUACAUCUCAGGUACGCGGUUGACUCGAAUCGGUUGACAAAGUGCCAGUAUCGAGAACGACGUCAGUGCCGCGGCUGACUUCCGGUCUUUGGCGCCGGUAAAUCGAAACUGAAACCGAACGAACGAUUUUCUUCGAAAAAUUUGCAACGAAUUCCCGAACUUACGAAUCUCGGCGAACUGUCCAGUGAUUACGCCAUGCACCGGAACGAAGAGCGCGCAGUGUAAUCUAGGUGGUGCGAUUGGUGCAGUGGUUUGUCGGUCUCUUUAACGGAUUCCAACGACACGUUUAAACGGAUAAUCGUCCAAGAUGGUGCGCGUGGCGCGAAUCUCACACACCAACGAAGAGACGACGAAGAUGAGGGAUGCGGUUUCGCAAAAGGGAAACAAUAACAGUAAUAAUAAUAAUAAUAACAACAACAACGUAACACCCUUGAAAAACAAGCCUUCCUUGGUGAUUUAUCGACCCCCAGGCGGAAGAACGGAAGGAGCCACGGCGAACGUUAGUAAUCCAAGAUUGAACGUACACGCGAAGGAGUUCACUAUGAAGCAGAACGAUUCGCAUCCUUCUAAGUCUCGGUCGAAUGCUUCAGAACGAUCCCCCUAUUAUCUGCAACACAGCAAGUCGAGCGGCAACGUGCACCGAUAUUUGUACGCGCAGCAACAGCAACAGAUACAACAUACUCUACAGCAGCAGCAUCAACAUCAUCAGACAUCGCGACACGCGCAGGGUGGUCAUCAUGCGACCGUUUCGGCGCUCAAACAAACACACCCGCUUGACAAUUCAACGUCCAGCGGAAAUAUUAUACACGGCUCCGGUAGGGUUCAUUUCAGUAUGGACCAGAACGAGGUCAAACCGAAUCCAAGUAAACCUGGCAGGCUCACCAAAUCGUUGUCCUUCGUGUCUACAUAUGGUUUGAAGCGAUCGAAGAGCCUGAACGCGGCUGAUGUGUUGGCUGCGAAGGCGGUAAACAUCUCAGAUGCCUCGGAGUUAGGGAAAUUCCCUGCAGCGAUCCAGGAUACUCUCCUGAGAGCCAUCGAUGAUCCAAACCUGUUGAACGCAAGAGCGUUGAUGGAACUAGUACGACAUAUAUUGGAGAGGGUUGUGGAAAACCGGAAAUACGCGGAACCGGCGGCGAAAAUUUGUAUCACCAUCAUAGAGAAAGAAGCUAAGGAAACGUUCCUGGAGUCCUUGUUGAACACGUGUCAACAGUGGUAUCAGGAUCGUGUCAAGAUCCUCUAUGAUGGAUCGAAUUGUCAUCGUUACUCCGCCUUCAUGACGUUCCUCAAUGAGAUGUAUUGUCAGUUGAAGCGGAGACAGCUUCAGUUAAAGACACAACAGGAGGGCGUUCCUCCCGGACGCGUUCUCCUCACAUUGCUCUGGAAGUGUUGUCAGGACUGUCUGCAGCCUCCUGUUGUCAAUUCCUUGGCAGAGACGGAUUGCCUGUUCUUUAUUUUGACGUGCAUUGGCAAGGAUUUGGACACCGAGUUGCCGGCUCAACUGCAACAACUGCUUGGAAGCUUGAGGGAUGCGUUCCUGGCGGAGGACACCAUCUUGCCGUCGGUCAGGAAGACCCUACUGCAACUGAUCGAACUUCACGCCGCCCACUGGCAACUUCCGGCACCGGCGGUCGUCUACUAUUACCCGGGAUCGACCUCGAAAUGAUCCUUCGCCGUCUCGGCUCCUCCGUCCAUUCGUCGGUUCUGUGCGUGCGCGCAUCAUGUACGUGUGGAGUUGAGCGAGCAUAUAGCGGGUGGAACAAAUGCGGUGACCUUCGAGCGACCUCGCGCUCACCACUUCUACCUGUCCCAGAAACUAGUCAACUCGAAGCGCUGGGGUCCAAGGGAGUCUUUGAAGGGUACUCUACCAUUCAACAGCGUACAGGUUCGCUACAUUUGUUCCAAUCGAGCAUGCGUGCGGUUUAAUGGGGGCUCCUUGUACUUGAAUGCAUCGGCUGCCGAUCAUGCGAAUAAAAAUUAAACGAACGCCGCUAGGCCCCGGGCUAAAGGAGCCGCGCGAAGGUAAUCGAUCGCCCCGAGCGACUCGAUGAAGGCGAGAUGCUCUUGCAACCGUUGAUCGUGCAUUGAAAAUGAUACUUACGCGAACUCACUUGUUUUCUUAAAUGUUGUACUCUGAAUAAAAUUGAAACAGCUCAUCCGACGUUCAUCUUGAACGAUGAGCCAGAUAUUUCUCACUGGUCUAUUUCAUAUUGCACUAAUUAUUUUGAUCAGUGAGUUGUACAUAAUUUCUACAACAAAUUGUAGUUAUUGAGAGUCUGUGCGGAGAUCUCCAUGAUCUUGAAUGACUAGAACGAUUAUGCAAAAUUUCGUUUAUGGGAGAUUUUAUGAAGCUUUUUCUUUGCUGAACGUUGCACGGCGGUCGCAGAAAACUCAUAAAAGUUUACUCUCAGAAAUACGUCCGAAGAGAGUCCAGUAAAAAAAUUACGUUACCAGUUUAUAACGGCUGGGAUAAAAACUUUCGGGACAGACCAAAUAAAAAUGUUUCAUUCACGUGAUCUCAUGUCUCCAUAAUUCACUGAACUCGCGACGAAGUGGCUCCGAAAUCACGGCGAGAAGCGAAACCUUUGUUCGACGAACGAUGCGUCACGUCAGCGAAACAAGCAACCGUGAUCUCGCUGUUACCGAGAACGAUUGUUCGCCGUCAUCGCAAGAUUUAACAACUAAAGAAAACGAUUAUUAUUGCGCAUCCCUGCGAGGAAUGGUGCAAGACUCGUCGAUACCGGCUUAAUAUCCAGAUUAAUAUCCAUUCUGGGAACUCCGAAGAUUAGCCGUUCGAAUUAGAAACGAUUUCGUUAGUAAGUCAAUGGGUUAAGAAAUCGGGACACCCGAGACCGGUACGGUGUUUGUCUUGGCCGAAAUUAUCACGUAUCGCCGGUGAAUCCGAGAGUGUUCACCUCAAGAGCAGAGCAGGAUCACGGUUAAAGUCGGGCAUUGAAAGUUAUGAGCUCCAAACUAAAACCAUGUCAAAGGCUCUAUACUUCGGAGAAUGAAAAGGACUUUCUGUCGAGUUUGAUUUCACGUUAGCACAGUUUUCUGAAUUCUUGGACACGUUGAAUUCUUGGAUUCUUCUUUAACACGUUGGCCGCUUUGUCAGACUGUACAUGUCACUUAGCGCGUUCACAGUCUAGACGUCUGUAGGGAAAGACAAUAACUUUUUAAGAGCGGUAACAAGCUGUCUUCUUUCGAAUACAUUAUCCUGUGUUAUACUACUAGUUUCGAGAAGGCUCUCGGGUUAAUCUUACUUAUAGUAUUUGUCUUGAAUUAUGUGUGACUAACUCGAAACCACCGUGACUCGCUUAUGGGACAUGGGACUGUGAACAUGUUAAGAUAGCAUAUAAAUGGCAGAUUUUAAUGCCGGAUUAAAUUUUGCUAGUAAACAAAUUAAAUGUCAACGGUAGUCAACGUGUUAGUCUCUGCGACUGUAAACCGUGAUAGUAAGACGCUCGAUGGAAGGUGUGUGCGACACGAGCAGUUAUAUGUCUAUAGUACGGAGGUUCGACGAGGUCUCGAAGGUUCCCUGGAAUCUGACUCGAAUUUUCCUCGGCUUUUUCCGUAAUCACCGAACGAACAUAAUUGAAAGAAAAACGACCCUCUCGUGGAACGAUCCGAACAUGCUUGCGAUAGCACACAGUGUCGACUGCGCGUGACCGUAGCUUCCGGUAUGACCUGGGUGCUUUAAACCCAAGGAUACUCCUCCUUGACGUCUUCCGUAUGAUACUCGAGCGACGUAGUAGUGACUGUGGAUAACUUAAACUGAAAUACAGGUGCAACGAUUUGUUUUAACA